UAGUGUUUCUGCAGCCUUUUAUGUCCCACUGAUCACAAGCUGUCUGAGAAGAUACAUAAAGGUAAACUGCAAGCAACAAGGUAUUCAAGUUGGAAAUUCCUGAUCACAGAAUCCAAGUUUUAACAACAAGCUGAUGGAUUUCGUUACAUAGACAAGCGCUUAUCAAUCUACCGAUGAUUGAAUAUCGAUUCUACCUUGCUGACGACAGAUACGCGACUAUCUGAUAAAUGAGGUGUACAUAUACACCUACCUAUAAAACGAAGCACACCACAGUGGGUAGCUAGCAGUCAUCGUGACUGUACACCCGUGUAGCAACUAGCAGGAACCUGCAGUCAGUUGCAGUUAAAGUGAACAGACAAUGGCGGGCCUCGGGUGCCUGCUCCGUGCUGUGGCCCUGACCUAUGUGACCCUUGUUGUGACGGUCAGUUCGGAACCCGUAAAGGAACAUCAUUUUUGCGGCGGCACAAUGAACUUCGAAUUUGUGGAUUCUCACUUGCGACCAGGCAAAACUACUUAUACGGCAAAGGUGACCCUCGUGACUGGGUGGGUGCUGGGCCUGGGUCCAUGCGGACCUAACUGCACGGUGGGUGACGUAGGACAGUCCACUCACGACCGCCGUCUGCAAACCAUCCAGCAGAGGCACGACACAACCUACUUUGGGGGCUGGACCCUAGAGGAACAGCGCCGUUUUGGAGAGCUUGCUGACGUGGACGAUGUGACAGACGAAGUCAGCAGAAAUCUCACAGGAAGAGUGUCUAUGGUCAGCGAAAAGUUACAGUUGGAACAGGAGAUCGCCAACUUUUACCUGGAGAUCGACCCCACACGGGCCUAUACUGACAUAGAAGUGAGCGGCAGUUUCUGGAAAAACUUCAGCCUGAAUGGAAAAGGCGAUAUUGCGUUUCACAUACAGUCCAAGGUUCGCCCUCAAAUACGCAACGACACUGGUCGUCCUAACACUAGUCCCACAGUGCUGUAUAAGCCACUGUACAGGAUACAACUCAAUAAUGUGACAAAAAUAUCUUUGUCGACCAUUGACCAAGAUGGUGAUCUGAUCAAAUGCCGCGAUGCCCAGUUCGUGGAGAGAUAUAAAAUAGCGCCUGUCGAUAAAACCACAAUCAGACAAGAUUGUGUGGUGGAGAUUGACACAAAUGAGGCGUACGGGUUCAAGGACGGGAUCUUGGGAGUCAUAAGCCUGGUGCUGGAAGAUUUCAACAGACAAACCAUUGACAUGCAAGGCAAACUGUCUGUUGCAUAUCCACUCCUUCCACUUAGCAGUACGGUCGUACAAUUCAUGAUACAAGUGGUGGAGAACCUGACACAACCCGAGUUCGUGGACCCCACGCCCCCCAGUCAGCACACGUACACCGUGUAUGUCGGCUCCUUGCUGACCAUCCCGCUCUUCGCCAAACCCAAUCCUUCCAGCCCGCUGACCACGACUGUGACGAGCAUCAGCGUGCAAGUGCUCAAGGACCACGUGGUGACUGUUCCCGCUCCUCAAGCAGACACAUCUCGUGUUGCACAGCGUGUGGUGCAGAGCCGCCUGGACUGGCGCACAGAAGAGGAGGAUGCUGGCUACUACAUCGUCAUGGCUGUCGCAGUCGAUUCUGAUGGAUUUGAAAGUAUGGACAGAAGCUAUGUUGUCCACAUCAAUCCACUUCGUUUGACCGCUUACGGACCUAACGGGAGCAAACCGUACUUUCCUUUUCUACCUGACCCAGGAGAUGUUACCUGUCUUGUAAACUCUACUUGUUCUUUUCCAGUUUACGUAGCUCCUGGCAAUUCCGGGAACAGGAUCAUCUCUGUUAGCAUCAUCAACGGACAAACAGAUAUUCCAGGAACCGAAUCAAACCACCUACAGAAUGUAACCUUUCGUGGCAACCAGGUUUAUCGCGCUGAUAUCAACUUCACUUCAGAAAUUCUGGGGAACCGCACCAUCUGCAUCCGAGCUGUAGACGAACAACAACUGGAAAUUGAAAAGUGCCUGAACGUUACUGUGCUUCCACCAAAUCCCUGUGACAACGGUCCGUGUAAACUUGCGUCAACGUGCCUGGCACAUGGGACCAACUUCACCUGUGUUUGUCUACCUGGCUACAGUGGAAUCCUCUGUAAUGACUGGAUUGACCCAUGUUCAUCUAGCCCAUGUGAACAUGGCGGUCAGUGCCACAGCAGAGAAAACACCAACCCAACUUUUUUUGUCUGUAAUCAUUGUAACGUGGGUUACACUGGCAAAAGAUGUGAAACAGACAUUGAUGACUGCAAGAGUAACCCCUGCCACAAUAAUGGAGUUUGUGUCGACGAAGUCAAUGGUUAUCACUGUCAGUGUGCGGCUGGUUACAGCGGACAGAAUUGCGACAUAUAUCCACUGCCUUGCAUGUGUCUGAUGACGAUUACAGACACAACUGCACCAGCUCUGACGUCACCACUGACAUCAUUAGGCGCUGAGACAGGAGUUUCUUCGUCAUCGCCAGUGACCUCAUCGAGCAGUGAUUACGUCGGUGUUUGUACGCCGCUAGCCUUAUCACCAGACCCUCUCAAGUGCACCAUCCUUCACUGUUCUGCCGAUGCUGUGUGUACACUGAUCCUGUCCAAACCGGUUUGUUUGUGCCCGUUAGGACAAUCCUGUGAUCAGUGUCUGACAGGAAAAGAAGACACUCCUGUCAAUCCAGCCACUACCCAGCAAAGUGUAAAUAAGAACUGAUAACAUUUUCAAUAUGAGCUUGUGACAAAAGUUCGUUCCUGGCAUACAAUCGGACUUGGAUUGCUUACUACAUUUUACAUUUUUUCUUUGUUGAUCUUGAAACUAUAUCAAUAGGUGAAUAAAGGUUUCAGGAGAUGCAUAUGA